UGAAGUACAAGUAAAAGUUGGCAAAAAUAGAAAUGGUAAAGUAAAGUACAGAUACCCAAAAAAACUACUUAAGUAGUACUUUAAAGUCGUUUUACUUUAGUACUUUACACCACCACUUUAGAUCUUCAUCGACACGGAAAAUAAAUGUGACAUUGGUAACCGAUUUUGUUACAAUUGUAUCAUGAUUUGUUACGCCUUGGUGCGACCUGCCGUUGUUACAAUAUAUCAUCACGAACUUGGCUUGAAGAGUGAACACAUGUUGUUUUUUAUUUUCUCACUAUCUCGUCUCAUCUGGCCGGUUAGCUCAGUUGGUUAGAGCGUCGUGCUAAUAACGCGAAGGUCGCGGGUUCGAUACCCGUACUGGCCAUACAUUUUUGGCUAAAAUCCCAAAGUAGGCUCGAUAAAUUUGAGGUUGAAAAUUCAUUGCCUAUGGGUAAACUCAUUUAUCACAUCAUGUUGAAUACAACAUCUGGUUUGUAAACAAUUGAAUUAAACACACUAGAUUAGAGGUACAUAAAUUCAUUUCAUUCAUUGUCAUUCAUUCAGGAAAAUAGAGCUACCGGCAACUCAUUUACAUUCCAUCCGAUAAAACAGCGUUGCUUCACGGAUUUUUUACCAGGCGGAUUACUCAAGCAAAGGCCGCUAGUUUAGAAACCGUCAAACCAGAAUUGCAUGAUCUGUGGAUUUACGCAUGUCACAAGAGGGAGGUAACGUUAGCCCACUAUGUUACCGGAAAAGUCGUACGCAUGUGCAAAUAGUUCAAGCAGCUGCGUUUUUUUAUUUUGCUCCCGUCAAACUGUCAAUUUAGUCCAGUGUCCUUUAUUGUUAGAACAUUUAUUAAGGAACGAAAGCAUAUCAUUAAGAUUGUUACUGGAAUGGAUGAUUGAUCAACUCGGAAAGGAGUUGUCAAUUUACCCGACGUUGUUAAAAAGUAAAGUACAAGAAAAAUCCACCUAUUGUGUCGGGGAAGCCCCUCUUGGAAAUCCCCUGUAAUUGUCGGAAUUAUAUAUUUCCAAAUUCAGAUGAGGCACAUCCUUUAGGCUACAUAGUUGACAUCCUCCUCAACCUAAUCUUGAAGACAUGUUGCAUAACCUACGAACACAAACUCUGUCGAACUAAUAAACAGAAUCAUUUCAGAAGUUGAUGGAAUAUUGAAGAUUUUUCCCCAUCCACAUCUGUCAGAAGCAACAGCGAUACAUGACCUCUGGAAUAAGGAACAUGACUGGAAUAAAGAACACGAUGGAUGUCGAUUUGGAUAAUGAUACGCUGAAAUCAAAAAUACGGAGCUGCCAUACAUUGACUACUUUCUACCACGAAACUCGGCUGGAGAUUGACACAUUAAGUAAGAAAAUCAAGAAAAGGGACAAUUUAAUCGCAGAUUUGAAGGCUAGGUUAGGCAAAUACGAAAAUACCUGUAUCAAUGUGGAAGGGUAUGACCCUGUUGUCAUAGCACCGGCCGAAUCUUUGCUGGAAAGUUUAUGCAAAGAAAUCUGCAAACUGAAGCUAAAAUUGAAAGACACAGAAAUGAAUGCGGUUCAGCAAGCAGAGUUGAGACAACAAGAGAUACAGAGGUUGCAGAAGCUGCUGAGGGAGAUGGAGCGAGAGCUGGAGAGUGUGAUCCGUCAAUCAGACCACGAGAAGGACCAGGAUAUCCAGAGGCUCCGCUCUGCCCUGGCCGAGAGGGACCGAGCCCAGGCCACCCGUGCCGUCCUGUGCACCUCGCUGGCUGGAGAGGCCGACCAGCUCCGGGGCCAACUGGGAGCCACAGUCAGGGUGUGUCAGGAGUUACUGGGCCGACUAGAGAGAGAGAAGGGAGGAGAGAGAGUGACGGAGGAGGUGAAAAUGCAGCAGAAGGCAAAAGAGAUAUUGGAUUAUACGGAAGCUGGUCGCGUUGACAUUCGAGUCAGCAAACUUCAAGAAGAGAACCAAAAGCUAACUCAAAGAGUGGCAUAUGUGGAAGGUCUAAACUCCAAAUGGCAAAAGUAUGACUCGAGCAGGGAACAGUAUGUGAGGUACCUGUGUCAGAAGCUGAAUGAGUCUAGUGCCCUGGCUGUUUCCUCCAGCCCUGCUCCAGGUAUGGGGCUUAUGUUAGGGCCCAGACCUACACAAGAGCCUGGGCCUGGCCUGGGCUUGUUCCCAGAGUUGGCCUCAGCCAAAGCUGGGUUGCUCCAGCAGGAGAUAGCCAGGCUCAACGGCCUACUGGAGGAGAAGUUGGGGGACUGUGGGAGGUUGGGGAGAGAGCUGGAUGAGAGCAGGAGACGAUACAAGGACCGCAUCCAGAUGCUAGAGCAACAGGUUCUCAUCUACACAGAUGACUUUAAGUCGGAGCGGGCAGACAGGGAGAGAGCGCAGGGCAGGAUCCAGGACCUCCAAGAGGAAGUAUCUCGACUACAGGAGCAGCUACACACACAGGCACAGAGCCCUACUAGAGAUGCCAACUCCACGUGCCGAGUCCAUAAAGGACACCGGAUCUCCCCACGCAUGAGCACGGACUCGGCCGAAUCACUGCUGAGGAACAGCGCCAAUCCACCUGUGACAAAAAUCAAAAACUAAAAGUGGGCCUUCACCUGGGGCGGCGUCAGCGGUAAUUAGCACCCAGUCCCACCUGGACAAAGUGCCAGAGUUCGUCAGAACUCCAAUGCCCAAGAUGACAUAUGAUGACACACAUGCGGUGGAGUACCUCAAACACUGCAUGGAGUGUGUCAGGCUAUGAGCUCUGGCGUGAAGUUUCCCCUAGGUACAGCUAUAGGAUAAUUUUCCAUUCCCCAAUCCAAACCAUAAAGUGGGGAAAAUGCAAAACUGACCCAACAUCUAGGGGCAACUUUGCCCUACUCCCAAGCUAUGAGAGUUACUGCCCCUCCCACCCCAUGGGGGUGUUAAGACAAAUAUCGCUAACUGACGAUAAUUGAGCACUGAAAAAAAAGCACUACAUGCACCCUAAGAAGGGUUGGGACCGGGGAGCUUAGAAAACUGACUAGUUCAACUGGGUUGUGUUCAUUAGGCACUAAAUGGAAGAAAAUGGACUGAAACAGGGAGGUACUACCUGGACUUCAGACGCUGCCAUGCUUUUUGGUUGUUAAAAGACUGAAUCGAAUAGAUUAGCGAUGCAGAGUUGGAGUGUCAGUACUAGCUUGGUGGUCGUAGUGGGAGAAAUAGCGCUAGCACUUUAUUUUACAGUACAUAAAAGACCAGGUAUUUACCAGGAUACUACAUGGUAAAAUGUAACACAGUAGUGACUUUGAAUUAUCUGUUUCUUUCGGAUUCGUAACAACAAACACCACUGGCCACCAUUUGAAUGGGUUGAGUUCCUUAAAGGAAAUACCAUAAAGUACCCAUUGUUACCAUAUAAUUUCUGAUAAAUAAGUAAAUACCUGAUAAAUACCAGUGGAAAAAGUAAGUAAGUGUAAAAUAUUUUUUUGUGAAAUACCUUUGGUUUGGCAAGAUGAAGCGAUUUCCAGUGCAAACCCCACUCAUGUUUGACUACAUGAACCAUAUGAAUUAUCACAUGAUACUGCAUGGUUGUGUUUCUGUGUGGAGAUGAUUGAUUGCGUGGUCUGUAGAAAAUCUAGAUGGGAAAUUGGAUGUUAAUUACGAUAUUUGAAUGUCACAUACCUCAAUUCAAUAUUCCGGCAUCAAAUUGUUAACCUGUUGCACUUUCCUAACCUGUUUACCAAAGUAGUCAUUAAUGCACAUAUUUAUUUUUUUAGAUUUAUUGAAUUUGAAAUACAUAAGCUUCUUUCCGGUUGAAGAUACUGUAAUAACGUUGUCUGUCGUUAGCAUGGCGCUAUUUGUUGUACUGUAUAUUUGGAUGUUGUUCACGUUUUGAGUAAGUAAUCUAUUUUCAAUUUAACCUAUAUAUGUUGACCUAUGAUAUUUGUGCCUGGAAAUAUGUAUUCACCGUAUUAUAUAUGAUUGAAUAUUUACAGUGCCUUGCGAAAGUAUUCGGCCCCCUUGAACUUUGCGACCUUUUGCCACAUUUCAGGCUUCAAACAUAAAGAUAUAAAACUGUAUUUUU